ACAGUUGUCUCCCCCAUGAAAAACAUUGACCAGUCAGUAGUGUGCAUUAAGAACAGGUGACCUUUAUAAAUAUCAGUGCUGCUGUUUAUGGCCUUUUAUUCUGAUGUGUCCACAAAAACAAGCUUUCCUCUCAGGUGUAGGAGGAGCUGACUUUCCUGAGGCUCAGUGGGUAAAAAUUAACCCCCGGAAGCAGCAUCAGUAUUCCUAAGGAAUUGAUGCCUCUCUCUAGCACUAUUGUUUGUGGUUGCCUGAGAACAGAAGCCUGGAAACCAAAAAUAUGAGAUGCUUAGCAGGACUUCUCUUCUUACUGUCAGGCUGCCUGGCCUCGAAGCCUCAACCAUGCUCAAGUCCUCCUCUUAUGAGCGGAGCCUUCACUGUGACCACACAGAAUGAAAAGCUGCUUACCACGGCGCAGUACCUGUAUGAUGCUUUGGGAGAACGGAUCCGCAUCUUUGAGCAGGGCACUUAUGAGAAUAAGACCUUCAUCCGUGACGUUCUUUUGCUCUACAGAGAGGGUGCCAUGUAUGACAUUUUCGAUAAUAACCGUACAUGCAAGAAAACACCUCUGAAGGCAGCCUUCCAGCCCCUGGAAGUCCCGAAAACUGCAUCUCUGCUGGGUCAAGUUAUUCUGGGCAGCUCGAGUAAACCUGGAGGAGGACUCCUGGUCAACUCCUGGUGGGGAGAACUGUCCGAGAAAGCAGGAAAGUUCUUGACCACGGUUACUGAAUUUGGAUGCAUUCCUAUCAACUCUUUGUACCAAACUGAGGAUUUUGGAUGGACAGUGAUCAACUUCUUUGACAACAUCAUUGGGAUUUCGGACCCCAACCUGCUCAACCCCCCAGACUUCUGCUCCAACGCAGACACUGAAAAGGAGCCAGUAGACUUCCUCAGCUUGUUCCAUAAAAAGAACUGACAGCCUACUUUAAACUAAGGUCUCAAACCUUCAUUAAAAUGUUUAAAUAGAAAAAGCAAAAACCCUGACUCAUACAGCGUAUAGUAUACAUCACACUUAGUCCUGCUAAGAACAUGGGUAAUUCAAGGCAUCUUAAAGAAAAUUCAGAAUAAUUUUUCAUAUUUCUGGCAUAUUAUUCAUAUUAACUAUGCAUUUUAAAAUUAUUUGUAAGGUAAGAAGAAUUGUUAAUAACAAUCAUAUCACAAAGAAUUACCACCAAACUCUGCAUUACCUCUGAGCUCAUAUUACAUCACUUAAAGUGUGGUGUUUGUGAUUCUAGAUGAAUGCUACUCGGUGGCAACUGUUUGCUAACAUGUUUGACAUAAAAACUUAUGUAAGGUGGUCUCUCAAUGUGGGUUUUGUUGUCAUAAAUUCAUUCAGCUUUUUAAAAUGAAUAUUGGAUGAUUUCAGCCUUCUUUCAUCAACAGAAAAACUGUUAUUUUUCAUUCAACAGUAGACCUUCAGUUAGUUUUCUUUAACAGUCUAUAGCAGGAUAGGUCUCAUAUUUACUUACAUACUCCCACUUUCUAACAAUAUGCUGAUGUGUCAUUAAGUUUAUCAAUAAAAUACUAAAGAAAUUCAUUUAUUACAAUGUACAGAAAUGUAAUAUUGGG